AUGGAGUUUACCGUCUUCCCCUCCAUCCCCGCCCCGACCGCCCCGCCCCCAUCACGAAAUGGCAGUAUUGUGGUGGACUAUGACGUCAUCGUGGAGAUCGGGUACUCACCCAAGUACGAGGAGAUGUCCCAAAAUCUCACCAGAGAAAUAGAGGUCAGGAUCAAGGAUGCCACGGCCGCCAACCAGACCGACUGCUCAGUCCUGAACCUGUGUUACAACGAUUCGGACACCAGGCUGAUCAAAGUAUCUUCCAGCUUUGAUCCCCAAAGGCAGUGCAUCAACAAGACGAUCCCCGAAUUUUCCCAAUUCUACCGCGUCCUGGAAGUGGGCGGGAAGCUCGUCUGCGUCAACAACUGCACCCAGGAUGUGCCGGGAUCCGUGGACUGCAACUUGGGGAAAUGUCAACUGGAGCUCUCCGGCCCCCGCUGCUACUGCGUCGCGACGGACACGCACUGGUAUCGGGGCCAACGCUGCGAGACAAGCGUGAGGAAAUCGGCGGUGUACGGGAGCCUGGGAGCGGUUGGGCUGCUCCUGCUUGUGGUCAUUGUGGCCCUCUCCGUCUUCCUGUGUCAAUCCCGGCUCCGAUCCCGCAAGGAACUGGAUAAACUCAUCCCGUGGAUGGAGGAGGACAACGGGACGGACGUCAGAGGUUUCCGAAAUGUGGCCUGCGAUGUCUGGGAAGACGACAGAUUGAAGAAUGACAACUACAGCCUGUCCAGAGUCUUCGGCGCCUUCCAGCCUUCCCUAGGCGGCGUUGAUGCCAAUGCCAGAAUGCGGAUCCAGAGGCCGGAGGUUGUGACGUCCCUGUGAGGGAGAAGGCGCUGAAGGCCUUCUCUGGGCUGUGCUGAGUUGGGCGAGGACUGGGGAGAGCCGGCAUGACCCACGGACCGUAUGACUUCUUGGAACGGACCGACGGACGGAUGGACGGAAAGCCCAGCGGAAACCACCGGCCCCUUCCAGGUUGGGGGACGUUGAGAUCAGAGUCCCCGGAGAGCCGGAUCUGCUUCACCCCCGGUCCCAAGGGAUCCGGGGAAUUGGGGCGGGGGCUGAAAUGAUUCCCGGGACCCCUGCUGAACUGGGGAUGCUACUGAUGAACCGGAUGGGAGGGAGGAGGGGGCUCCGGACAACUGCCCCAUCCUGGGGAGACCGGUGAUGGGUAGCACCCCAAAAAGUAAACAGCAAUCAACACCGGCCUCCAGGCUGGAGACUCCUGCUUCCCCCCCAUCUUCCCGUACACCUCGACCCCAGAAAGUCAGGGCGUCUCUCCCUCUCUUUCUGGAAAUUUCCGGGACCAGGAGACCCCCUUCUGCCUGAGCUAAAGAAAGAUCCGGCUGGCCCGGAGGCAAAAGAUAACCAGGGUGGUCUUGGGGCCCACCCCUAGACAUCCCCAGGUGAGAGGGUCCAUCUGGUUUUCAGAUUUAAA